CCCUCUGCCCCACCCAGAAGGCACUAUCCAGUCACUGACCAUAACCUUGUAGAGCACAGUAGGUCUUGAGUGCAGCCACUUGGACGGCUGAUUGGGAACUCAGCCUCCGAUGGUCCUAACAACCCUUUGGGUUUUGCAGGAUCUUUGGGAAGCAAAACCUUUUACCUAGGACUUAUGACUUAGCCUUCUGGUCCAUUAGUAUCAUCCAUCAGUUCACCCGAUUUCCAUUAAUAACCGCAUCUAGAACCACAAGAAACUUGAAAUGGGUUGAUCUGCUGUCUUGAGGCCCAGCUGGGAGGGUAUGCCAGCCAAAGAGAGGGCUGGGGCGCCCGGGGUGACGGUCGGGAGGUGAAGCACACAAGCAGCCCAUAAGGUUGGGAUCCUCCGCCUCCAAGUAGCGCGACUAGAGCUCUUCCACGCACCGAGCAGCCUCGGACAGCGCGGCCGCUUUAAGAGAGGGGCGGGGCCCGGGUACAGGCAAGUCAGGGCCAGCCCACAAGGCUCCUUUUCCUUUUUGAUCCAUUCAAAAAUUACUCAUUGCAAAUUCCCGGACUGCUAGGCGAGGAGAGGGAAGGGGGUGGAGGAGACAGGGCUACUGCAGGCGCAGCGCUGGGGGCAGCCGGGGGCCCGAGUGGCUAAGGCUGGUCCCGCAGCGGCCGCUCGCCGGCGUUCUGGCUCCUGUGGCCUCACCAGGAAGCGUCAGAGUCUCGACACUGGGGAAGCUCGGAGCGCCGCCUCCGCCGCCGCCGCCUCCUGCCUGGCUCUGGGUCCCCGAGCCCCCUCCUCUGGCCGAGCCCGACUCCCUCCUCCUUCCCGGACCAUCCGGCUCGGGCUCCUUCCCUGGCGAUGGCUGGCCGCUGAGCCAUGGCUCAGUACGGCCAUCCCAGUCCGCUCGGCAUGGCUGCGAGAGAGGAGCUGUACAGCAAAGUCACCCCCCGGAGGAACCGCCAGCAGCGCCCCGGCACCAUCAAGCAUGGAUCGGCGCUGGACGUGCUCCUCUCCAUGGGGUUCCCCAGAGCCCGCGCACAAAAAGCCUUGGCAUCCACGGGAGGAAGAAGUGUUCAGGCAGCAUGUGACUGGUUAUUCUCCCACGUCGGUGACCCCUUCCUGGAUGACCCCCUGCCCCGGGAGUACGUCCUCUACCUCCGUCCCACUGGCCCCUUAGCACAGAAGCUUUCCGACUUUUGGCAGCAGUCGAAGCAGAUCUGUGGGAAGAACAAGGCACACAACAUCUUUCCCCACAUCACACUCUGCCAGUUCUUCAUGUGCGAGGACAGCAAGGUGGAUGCCCUGGGGGAAGCCCUGCAGACCACGGUCAGUCGCUGGAAAUGCAAGUUCUCCGCCCCGCUGCCCCUGGAGCUCUAUACGUCCUCCAACUUCAUCGGCCUCUUCGUAAAGGAAGACAGUGCGGAGGUCCUCAAGAAGUUUGCUGCUGACUUUGCUGCAGAGGCUGCAUCCAAAACCGAAGUGCAUGUGGAACCUCAUAAGAAGCAGCUACAUGUGACCCUGGCUUACCACUUCCAAGCCAGCCACCUACCCACCCUAGAGAAACUGGCCCAGAACAUUGACGUCAAGCUAGGGUGUGACUGGGUGGCUACCAUAUUUUCUCGGGAUAUCCGAUUUGCUAACCAUGAGACAUUACAGGUCAUCUACCCCUAUACCCCACAAAAUGACGACGAGCUGGAGCUGGUCCCCGGGGACUUCAUCUUCAUGUCUCCAAUGGAGCAGACCAGCACCAGCGAGGGUUGGAUCUACGGCACGUCCUUAACCACCGGCUGCUCUGGGCUCCUGCCUGAGAAUUACAUUACCAAGGCUGAUGAAUGCAGCACCUGGAUAUUUCAUGGUUCUUAUUCAAUCUUAAAUACAUCAUCGUCCAACUCUCUCACAUUUGGGGAUGGAGUAUUGGAGAGGCGGCCGUAUGAGGACCAGGGGCUCGGGGAGACGACUCCUCUUACUAUCAUCUGCCAGCCCAUGCAGCCGCUGAGGGUCAACAGCCAGCCCGGCCCCCAGAAGCGAUGCCUCUUUGUGUGUCGGCAUGGUGAGAGGAUGGAUGUUGUGUUUGGGAAGUACUGGCUGUCCCAGUGCUUCGAUGCCAAAGGCCGCUACAUACGGAGCAACCUGAACAUGCCUCAUAGUUUACCUCAGCGGAGUGGUGGUUUCAGAGAUUACGAGAAAGAUGCUCCCAUCACUGUGUUUGGAUGCAUGCAAGCGAGACUAGUGGGCGAAGCCUUAUUAGAGAGCAAUACCAUUAUCGAUCAUGUCUAUUGCUCCCCGUCCCUUCGCUGCGUUCAGACUGCACACAAUAUCUUGAAAGGUUUACAACAAGAAAAUCACUUGAAGAUCCGUGUAGAGCCCGGCUUAUUUGAGUGGACAAAAUGGGUUGCCGGGAGCACGUUACCUGCAUGGAUACCUCCAUCGGAGUUAGCUGCAGCCAACCUGAGUGUUGAUACAACCUACAGACCUCACAUUCCAGUCAGCAAAUUAGUUGUUUCAGAAUCCUAUGAUACUUAUAUCAGUAGAAGUUUCCAAGUAACAAAAGAAAUAAUAAGUGAAUGUAAAAGUAAAGGAAAUAACAUCCUGAUUGUGGCCCACGCAUCUUCCCUUGAAGCUUGUACCUGCCAACUUCAGGGCCUGUCACCUCAGAACUCCAAGGACUUCGUACAAAUGGUCCGAAAGAUCCCAUAUCUGGGAUUUUGUUCCUGUGAAGAAUUAGGAGAAACUGGAAUAUGGCAGCUGACAGAUCCACCAAUCCUUCCUCUUACCCAUGGACCAACUGGGGGCUUCAACUGGAGAGAAACCUUGCUUCAAGAAUGAACCACACCAGUGAACAAGA